GCCGCCAAUUCACAACUCCAGGAAACGAUCCGCCCUGUUGCAAAACUUCGCAGGCUGCAAACUCGAGGAGAAAGUUGGCUCCAAGGAGCCAAGAGAAGCCAACCAUCGCUGGCCAAGUGGCGCUUUCCAUAUUGAGAGAAUCUGCAGAAGAUCAUUAAAGCUACCCUGAGAAUUGCAAGUUCACCACCCCAACCUGAGAACUUCAGAAGCCUCCAUCUUCUCAUUGAAUUGGCAGCCUAUGGAUAAACCAUGGAACUUUGGACCCCGUCUAAACCCAUUUUUCUGCAUCGUUAUUUAUUCCGACACUCUCCUUGGGGUGGAAGCAUUGAGUGAAGCCUCCAUGUGACGCUACUUUCUUGGCAGAUGAAAAGGCCCAAAUGAAGGAUCUGGCUUAUCUUUCUUUUUUUGCAUUGAGGAAAUCAUUCCACCACCAUUCACACCAUUAAACUUCCCUUCCUGGGAAUGCAGGAAUGGCCAACGGAGGAAGCCAUGGCUUUGGAGAGCAGCCCUACGAGGAGAAGGAGUCAGAAGAAGGUGCUGGAGUUGAAGGGAGAAGAGAUGGAGACUUCCAGUUGGGAGAAAACAGCCUUAUUGGGAAUUUGGACGGCUGGACCUUGUCUUCUUCCCAGGAGAUCCUGGAAGAUGAAGAACGUUUGGGGGAACUGAAGGACUAUCAACACCUUUUGGAAGAAGGCGAACAAGGUUUUGAUCUCGGUGAACUUCAAGAUCUUGAACAUGCAGGAGAUGUCAAUGCUACAAGUCCCCUGCCAGCAAUUGGCUUUCCUGGAAUUGUGCAAGAAACACAACCAGUAUUUGCUCAGUAUUAUGGAUCCAGCAUCAUUUGGGUAAAUAAAUGGCAGAAAGAUCUUCAGAUUGACAGCUGCUUGAAAGCCCAUGUACGCUUGUACAGCGACCCUCCCAAGCCCAACCAGGCCGCUGAAAUGGGGAGAAUAUCGGAGGCAUCCAAAGUGGUAACGUUCAGCAUCCCUCAAAUCAGGUCUGCUGAGAUCACAAAGCGGUCCAGCCAAGCAUCCACGAGCGGUUAUGGUGAAGGGUUUCCUAGGCAGCCGGCACAACCCUCGUCCUUGAGCUAUUCCAUGGGCAUCGCUUCUUCCGAAACAGAUUGUCCCCUCUCCAGCAAAACACCUUUCUUGGGGGAUCAUCUCACACGAUUGUUAACUGCCCAAGCAAGUAAAUUUCAGACCCAGAUGGAAUUCUUGGAGGAUUUAAUUCAAACCGACAGGCUGGAGGCCACGGACCAGCUGAAGGGGGUUGCAAGACUGAAGGAAGCUCAGGAAGCACUGGAGCAAGCUUAUGUGCAGGCUCGAAAUCAGUACCAGCAGUUGAAUCAGAACGGAGCUAUGGAGACCCUAGGAGAAUUUGAUCCCAACCGAGGAGUGGAAGGCAGCAUCUUCCAUCUGGGGCUGUGUUUGGAGGGCAUGAAAGAGAGAAUCGAGCAGUCUGCGUGGAACCAACAAGUUGGAGUAGAGAUUUCUCCACGAAGCAUCCCGUCACAUCUCAGCUUCCCAAUCCAGCUUUCUGAGGAGCAAAUGGGAACCCCAACACCUUCUCUUCAUGCUCCAGUCCCAGCUGUCUGCAUGCCAUAUCCUGAGGCCUCCGCCCCCAAGAAGAACAUCACUCAAGUUCAGCUGGAGGGGGACUUGAGUUCCAUCAGUGACGGGGCUGGUGAAGAAGAUUUCCUGGAGCUGCCCCAACCAUGCAAGACUCAAGAGAAGGAGGACAUGGAUUAUCUUCUGGAGCAGUGCAGCAGCUUCAGAUCUUUGCCAGAGGUCUUGAGUCACAAACACAAUGCAGAAGAACUGGGCACUGAAGCCACCACAGCUGCUGGGACCAAGGGUGGCUCCUUGCAGAAGCCAUCUGCAUCUAAUAAAAUCCCUCCUGCCUCCAAGGGACUUCAAGAGAAGGAGACUCCUGAGCGAUCGCUUAGAAAGGUCCAGCAGCCAACCCACCAAAGCAGGCACGUGUCUUCCGUCCAAGCAGAAGCAGCUCUCGGUGAACCCACAGAGAUCAGCCAUCCCAUGGUUGCGGUCCACAAGAUAUUCUCGAGAAGGAAGCAGGAGGCGGAGUUUUCACCUCACAGCAGCAUGGCGAGCGUAAGGGGAAGUGUAGCAUCGGAAUCUGGGGCUCCGCAUUCACCCUCCCGGAAGAUGGACACAACGUUGUGUGAGGAUCUGCGCAUCGUAUCUCCAGAGACAGACAGUGGCUUUGUGGGGUCAGAAACCAGCAGGGCGUCUCCUCUAGCACAGAUGCCCAAGCACCAGUUGGUAAAGAUGAGGUGCUACAGCAUCCAGAGGCCAUCACCUACAAUUGAUGUGCCUCCCUGCUCACCAUCCUCAAAGAAAGCACCAGGUGUGGUGAAGCACCUGGGACCAGACACAUCACCUGGACAAGUGAAGCCUGAAGCUGGUAGAAACAGAUGUACCUUAUUGAAAAGAAACCCACUCCAGAAGGCUUCUCCCUGCAGGUGGAUGAAUGAAAUGGAGCCAGAAGACAAUGAGAACUUUCACCCUGACUCUGAGACAGAAACGGAGACCCAGGGUGGUACCAGUCUGGAUGGCAGCCCUCCACCCCGUGGGAGAAAUGGCCCCCGUUCAUCCCCAAUUUCUUCCAACAUGGCCCAGGCUCGCCACAAGAAUUUUCUUCAUUCACGCUUGGAACGAGAUGAAGCCAUUGAAGCUUUGCAGCACGAAGUUUCUCGGUUGCGCCAAAGUCUAGAAGAGUCACUCCAUCGGCAGUCGUCUUCUCCCCACCCAUCUAAAGUCCAGGACACGGCUCACCUUUAUCCAAGCGUCACUCCAGCACGGCUUCUAUGUUCCCCUAGAGAUGGAUCCAGACCUUCUAAGCAAAGAGCGACCGAAGGGUGGUUGUGUCCCUCGUGUAAGGAUUCUUCAAACUCCAGGAACAAAGACAUAGCCGGAGCAGGAGAUCGCAAGGAGAACGCUCCAGAAGAAAGCUCUAGAACCCAACCAAAGUUUAACCAACACCAGCAACCAAAACAGGCCGGCCUCUGGUACUUGGCGGUGCCGUCUGCAGCUACCUCUCUGAAUUACAUCCCAGCUAUUCCCUUGGCACAAUACCCCAUCUCCUCCAUAAUCUAUUCUCCGCCACCCGUCACUACCUCAAUCUGCUCUUCGGUAGCUCUUCCGGCUUAUGAUGCCACCAGACCGCAAGAAUCAGAGUGGAAAACAUCACCGCAGCGUGUCCGGGAGUAUCACUGCUGCUCCAGGACCUUCUUGCCUUCCACCAGUUUGGAAGACUUAAACUGGACUUUAAACCGGGCCGUGGAAGCUGCUAAAGACAUGAAGUUCACCACCGAACAGAUGAACAAAUCUCUAAGUUGGGCCUUAAGGAAAGCCAGGAGCCCCAGGACGUCCUGUCUCUUCUGACCAGAAUGGACCUAAGAGAAGAGAAAGCCACGGAACGAGGGAAACCAAUAAAAUGGACCAAGUUGCUUGGCUCGUUGGGACUCCGCGCAUGUUUUGUUGGGUUUUGUGUGCCAAAGAACAACGCCUGCAACCCCUUAGUUGACUGGGGAGAAUAACGUAUCCUCAGCGUUUGGGAAAAGUGGACUUUUGCAACAGUGCUUCCUCUAUUUUGCUCCCUUCUUCGAACAAUUGGGAUGCCUUCUGCUAUUUUGGAAAGCCUCUUCUUUUGGACCUGGGCUUUGUAGCUUCCUCUCAGGGAUGUUGCUAUUAAUAAUGUUCAUAAUAAUAAUAAUACCGUAGGAAUAAUAAUAAAUAAUAGGCAGCUUGGACACAAGAGGCAAAGGUGAGGAAAGAAAGAAACAAGAUGCCUGCCUUCUUCGAAUACAUUCUAGGGAUUUGAGGUGUCCAUUGCGGUCUCUGAGCUUGGUGGUUUUGUUGCAGACAUUUCAUUACCCAACUAGGUAACGUC